UGGAUGUCUUAAGGGAAGGGGAUUGCAAGCUAAAGUAAUGGCUAAGCUUUAUCUUAAGCUCUUUCCUAAGCUUGUUUCCUCUCUUGCCGUUCUUCUUCUUUGUCAAUUUGGCUAUGUAGCCUGUCAACCAACAGGUUUCUCUGACAGCCGGUUGCCUGCAGAUGAAGAAAGGGCUUUGGAAGACUUGAUGACCACGUUAGGUUUUCAACAAAUCUCACGCUCGUCUUGUGACAAUAAUUUUCAAGGCAUGAUCACAUGCAAUUGCACUUAUGAGAACAGCACAGUUUGUCACGUCACCGGCCUAGAUCUCUCAAACCUCGAAUUAGACGGACAAAUCCAAGCUGAAGCCUUGACUAGUCUCGUUUUCCUAAAAAGAAUUGAUUUGUCCAAGAAUCAACUUGAUGGUAGCAUCCCUGUCACCAUGGGGAACUUGCCUUCACUCACCUCUCUCGAUCUCUCCACAAACUUCUUCAAAGGCUCCAUACCUUCAUCCUUGGUGAAUUUAUCGUCCCUCCAAUAUCUCCGUCUCUCGAGAAACUUCCUCAAUGGUUCCAUACCUUCAUCUUUGGGGAAUUUGUCGUCCCUCAAAUAUCUGAAUUUGAAGUAUAAUAUGUUAUCAGGUCAAAUCCCUAAAGAAUUGGGCAACCUCUCUAAUCUCCAAUUGAUGUACUUGGGCUCCAAUGAACUCACUGGUCAGCUUCCACCAGAACUUGGAAGAUUGAGAUCUCUUGGUUAUUUAGACUUGAACUCCAACAAAUUGAGUGGAGAACUGCCGGGAAAUUACGCCAGCUUUACUUCGGAAUUGGAGCGGUUUAGCGUAGCUGGGAACCGUUUGACCGGUCAAGUACCAAGUUUCAUUGCGAAUUGGACUGAACUCUAUUACCUGUCCCUCUCCGGGAAUGAUUUUGAAGGACGACAGCUGCCUCUUGAACUUCUUUUUAACAUGUCAAAACUCAAAUACUUGUUUCUUAGUGAUGUAAGAAGCUCGGCCGGUUUCCCUUUCCCAAAAAAUGCAAAUAUGACGGAAAUAAGACGACUGGUGAUAAGGAAUUGCUCAAUAAGUGGUGAAAUCCCCCCUGACAUUGGUGAUUGGUCAUCGUUAAAAUACCUAGACUUGAGCUUUAACAGCUUAACUGGUGGAAUACCAGAUUCCAUGAAAAAGCUGAAUUUAAGUAAGAUGUUUCUCACAGGAAAUAUGCUUAGUGGCACAGUACCUCCCUGGCUUCCUCAUAAAAUUGAGGACAAGGCGGAUUUGUCAUAUAAUGAUUUUGAUGAUGGUCCGAAGCAAGGAGAAGGAAAGCUGAACAUGUAAUAACGGCAACUUCAUUUUCUUCUUCCUUUUGCUUCACUUGCAAGAAUAUUAUUGUCUAUGAAAUCCCAACUUCUAAUC